UACAACCUAACAAAUAUUAAAUAUAAUACAGUUUUAUUUAAUGUAUAAUAUAUUCUGUUAUAAAAUACGUAUUUUCCAAAAUCAAAUGCCUAAUUAAUAUUUAAACAUUCUUUCGAUUGGAGGCCUUGAAUUGUAAAGAUUAAAUUUUCUAAUCUUAUAUAUAUAAGCAUGAUUAGAACAAUUAAAUCUUAACCUAAAACAAUCAAUUGUUCUGAUACUGAUUACUGAACUGAUAAAUAUUUAAUUGUUGUUUGUAACUACUAUGGAUUAGUUAAUAAGGGUUCUUUAAACAAUACAAGUGAUUUAUAUAAUAAUAUUCAACAUGAAGUUGGUUCUCAUGUUAUUUGGAAUAGCAUCAGUUUGUUAUGGAGCUACUUUAAGAAGUCCCAAGGAAGACCAUAAAGACGGAGAUAGAUAUUUUUAUUUUCCUGGAGAUGGAGAUAAUAUGCUUCAUUUAGUAGAUAUUAUGGAGCCGAUUGAUUAUAAUAUGAUUGAUCAAAUUAGAAAGAAUCCUAUAAGUCAUCGUUACUGGUUGUUUUCUAGGUAUAAUCCCACCACACCGCAAGUAAUCAGUCACGGCACAAAGCAGUCAAUCCUGAACUCAAACUUUAAUAAACAUAAGGACAUCGUUUUCUUAGUUCAUGGAUGGUUUGGUAGUGGAGUUAAUAAAAUGAAUAAAAUGCUAACUGAUGCAUUCCUUCGUAAAAAAGACGUAAAUAUUAUAGUAGUUGACUGGAGUGCUCUAGCAACAAGAAAUUAUAUGACUGCAAAAAGGGGAGUGGCUACUAUUGGUCAACAGCUGGGACAGUUCAUUAACUGGCUUUAUAAGGAAUUUAACGUAUCAUAUAAUAACAUGCAUUUAGUUGGAUUCAGUUUGGGUGCCCAUUUAGUCGGAAAUGCUGGAAAGGCCACUCAAGGUCGCGUAAAAAGAAUAACAGGUUUAGAUCCAGCCGGUCCCUUAUGGAAACAUGACAAGAAUCGUCUUAAUAAAACAGACGCUCAGUAUGUGGAAAUAAUACACACAAACACAGCUUUGUAUGGGUUUUCCGAGCUUUGUGGACAUGCAGACUUCUUUCCCAACGGAGGUGAUAUCAUGCCCGGAUGUUGGUUCAAUGUUUGCUCACAUAGCAAAGGAUAUGAAUAUAUGGCAGCUACGAUUUUAUAUGAUCAUCUAGUCGCCAGAGAAUGUUUUACACUGAAAAAUGUGGAAGACGACAAAUGCUUUGGAGACAUGUAUCCCAUGGGAAAUGGUGUUUUGUCUAAGUCAAGAUCAGGAAUUUUUCGAGUAAAUACAGGCGACUAUUUCCCUUUUUAAACAAAUUGAUAUCAUGUAAUAAAUUUGUAAAUAAUACAAUAUACCUUAAGUCUAGGUGUAUGUACUUAUGUAUACGCGUUAGAAGUUAUACUUCGUUGGCGUAACAAGAUAAAAAUCUUUUCAAAAAUUAUAUAUUU